CAUCUCCACCUUGUGACUGUUUCAUCCUCCUACGUUCUUAUUUGCCACAUUUCCCAUACAGUUCUACACUACAAGGCUGUAGCACACAGGGUACAGAGGUAUCGAGGCUGACUGAACUAGGGAACAGGUAUUAAGAUGGAGAAAUAUCCUUUCUUUGUGGUUCUAUUUUGUGCGGCAUUCACAGCCCCUGUUCUUGGAUUCCCGUAUGGCGAUGUUUCAAUAGCUUGUGACUCCAUGUUACCAGAUCAUGGAAGUGCACCACAGAAGUCCUCCCCACCUUUUGUUAUCUCUGUAUCUUUUGAUAGGUAUGAUCCAGGAAAUGAAAUACAAGUGAUUCUAGAAGGAACAGCACGAUAUGGAUUUAAAGGAUUUAUGUUACAGGCCCGAGAAGUUGGUGGAAAUAUUCCUGUCGGUAAAUUUCGCAUCAUAGAUCGAAACACACAAGGUCUUGCAUGUGCCAAUAUUUCGAAUUCAGCAGUAAGUCACACAAAUCCCAGAGUAAAGCACCAAGUUAGAGCAAUCUGGGUUGCUCCUCGUAAUACGAGAAAGAUACGACUUAUGGGAACUUUUGUUCAAGAUUAUGAUACCUAUUGGGUUGGUGUUCAUAGCAAAACCCUCUCACCCAGAGACUCAGAUGCAACUAAUGAUUCCAAAGCUAUCAAUGAUUCUAUGACAACUAGUACCUCAGUGAUAGCCAAUGAUUCUGUUACAUCCGUUGUUUCUGAGAACACUACUGAUUCCGACACAUCUCUUGAGAGUGAUGAAAAUUUUGAUUUCAAUGCCUUGAUUGGGCCUGAGAUAGACUUUGAGACACCUGAGAAAACUGAUGACUCCAACAGAGAAAAUGAGACACUUGAGAAAACUGAAGAACCCAAAAGAGGAAAUUCUACAAGGAAAGGCAGGAGGAAGUCCAUUGUGAAUGUGCAGAUAAAAUGUGGAAAGGAUGGAUCAGGCAGUGGUUCUUGUGGCCAGGGGUCAAAAGGAUACUCUCAGAGUGGUGGCAGCCAGUCCAAGGUUGUUGUAGUUAAACAAGGAAGCAGCAGUGGCUGUAUUGGAGGUGGAGUUGCAGAUGUUUACAGCAAACAUGCUUGCAGAGAUAGCGCAGCUGACAUUAGUGGUCAGUCUUCAUAUGGCAAGUCAGUGUCUGUAGAGAAAGGUCCCCAGGUUGUAUCCUACCCAGAUAGUCAACCUUUCCCACCUGAGCGUGACACUUACUCAUCGAAAUAUUCCCAUUCCAAAAUCAUCCAGUCUCAGAGUUCCUCCAGCAAAAUCCAAGUACAGGGUGGACAAAUUUCAUCAAGUGGUAGCUCUAUAUACGGACAGGGUGGAAAAAUUUCAUCAAGUGGUAGCUCCAUAUACGGACAGGGUUCAUAUCCUCAGAGUGGCCCAUCAAAAGGCAUCCGUAUUACCAUCGAGAGUGGGCAAAGUGGCCGAGUGUGUGAUAAGAGUUCAUCCUCCUAUAACAGUGACGCUUGUAUCAAGGUUCAGACUGCCAGCUCACAGGGCAGCAGCACUUAUGGCACACAGGGCCAGUCUUCACAUUCACAGAGCAGCAGCAGCAGCUAUGGCACACAGCAGGGUGGAUCUUACUCGAGCGGUGGCAAACCUUGUGGUCAGGGAACUACCUAUGACAGCAAUCCUUGUAAUCAGGGCCAGUCAUCCCAAAGCACAUACAAUCAGGGCCAAUCAUCAUCUUCACAAAACACUUACAACCAGGCUGGUUCCCAGUUUCAAGGCAACAGUAAUCCUUGUAACCCGAGCAAAGGUACUUCAUACAACAGCAACAGGUGUUAA